AUAAAAAGUCCCAUUACUGAUGGUAUCUCAGAAGCAGGAAACAGUACCUCAAGAGUCAGCCUACAAGUGUAUCCAGAAAUGCUCUGUCUUCUCCUUUUUGUUGUUCUUCAGGCACACAAAGCCAUUUCUGAAGAGAAAUUUGUGGAUACCACUAUAAAACUUGCCAAGAAUAUGAUUUUUGAAUGUGAGUAUCCAGGAUUGGAAUUCACAAGCCAGGCAGAAUGGUUCAAGAUCACAACAAAAGGGAAGGAUUCCAUGGCUAUUUUCAAUCCUGAAUAUGGUGAGCUCAUUAGGAUGAACUAUAUCAAUAGAGUUCACUUUUUCAACUCUUCUGUGGCUGCGAAUGUUUCCCUUUUCUUCCAUAAUGCCUCAAAAGCUGAUGUCGGACUUUAUUCUUGCAGUCUCCAACUUUUCCCUCUUGGACUUUGGGAAAAGGUGAUAAAGGUAGUCCAGUCAGAUGGUUUUGAAACACGCGUUCCAUCCAAUAGCCACGUGGAAUCAGAACCUGGAAAUAAUGUCAAAUUGGUAUUUCAGACGCAUAUGGCCAGCCCUCUGAAAUACGUGACAUGGGAAAGGAUUCAGCCACAUCAGAUCGACCACUUAACUUCCUGUAACUUGAACAAAGGCAAAAGUUAUGGCUUUAAGUACCACAGAAAAAUAUUGACAAGCUGCAGCCAAGGGAUGAAAAGCAGCUUUAUUGUCAUUCACAACAUCACUGCCUCCGACUCAGGAUUUUACCAAUGUUGCUUAACCACCAGCACAGGAGAAAAUGAAACAUUUGUGAUGAAAUUGACUGUAACUGAUGCAAAAACAGACUACCGAAUUAUUUUCUUCAUUGCUGGAGGGGCAGCUUCAUUCUUAAUUCUUGUGAUGUUUGUCAUCAUCAUCAGUUAUUGUUGCAUGAGAAAGAGAAGGAAGAAAAUCUUUUCUAAGGCACUGUGGGAUUUCCAGAUUCAGUCAUCUAAUAAUUAUGACAGAUCUGGGAUUUCUGACCAAACUCAGGACUAUAAAGAAGAGGAUAUUUAUGUCAACUGCCCUGCCUUCUCUCAAAGACCACAGCCAAGAUAGCAAACUCUUCAGUAUGGUCUGAGCAAGCAUAGAAAAGUAUAUUGUCUUUAAAGAUUCUUCCUUUCUAUAUUCACAGACUUAAACUAUUUGAAUUUACUUUGUCUUACAGGGAAGACUACAUAAUCAAGUAAAUAUCAUUAUUUUAUUUAGAAUAUUCAGAAAGAUUUGAGAGAUUGGUAACUUCUAAAAGGUAGUAUACCAAGUCUUCAUUAUUAAUGCACUAAUAGAUAAGUGGAAGCAGAUGACUUCCUAUGGAUUAUCCCUCUCUCUCCUGAAAGGCAUUGUAAUGGAUUAAUGAAGUUCACUCCUAGGGCAUCCUCGUCUGAGACUUGUACUGCUGAAAGUAGAAAGAAUAUAUGGUUAAAAGAAAGAGAUGAUGCAAAAUUGGCCUUUUCUUCCUCUCUAUGUAUCUCAGUGUACCGCAUUCUGGAACCGCAGAUUUCCAUCACAAAUAUUAACUUUUCCUCUCUCAUUCCACCAUUAUAUUUUCAUUCCUUUGAAUUUUCUUUGAGUUACCUUUUAAUAUAAAUAUUAAGAAUUUAAUAUUAAAUAUCUCUUAAUUAUAAUAUUAGUAAGACAUUAGUUAACAAUCAAGUGAAAAUAAGAAUUAGAUAUAUCAGUGGUUGAAAGUACAAUUGAGGAAGCCACUGAAUACAAAAUUUUUUACUCUUUGCCCAGGAAAAUAUGACUGCCUUUUGUGGUUCCCAAUCCUAUAUCUAAUCCAGACAUGAUGGUUAACAUGUAAGGAAAAGUAUAUGAACAACAACAAAAAAGCCAAAAAAUAUUAUGUUAGGCUUGACAUUGUGAUAUAGAACACAUAACAUAUUGAUCCUUAAUUUCUAAAAUAUAUUUUAUUAUUUAUUUUACCAAAUUUUACUAAAAGGUACAAUUUGAUUCUACAGAUAUAUUAAGAUGAUAACAGGGCUUUAUGCAAACUAAAGGGAAUAACAAUCAAUCUGAGAGGUUAUUUAUAGGAUCUAAAUAUUAUUAUUCAUUGUUAUAAUCAUAUCAUUGGUGUUAAAAUUUUUUUAGCCUUAAAUUAUUUUACAAACAAAACAUUAUAAUUAUUCUACAGGCUAUGAAAAUUCUUGUUUACCUUUUAUGGAUGGUAAAGAGAUAUGUAAUCAGUGUUUUAUACAAUUAGGAGAAACAUUGCAGUAGAGAAAAAUCCUGGAUUUGAAUAUUUAGGAUCUAGGUUCAGUUUCCAGAUAUGCCAUAUACAAUGUUCAAUGUGACUUUGAAAAAAUCAUUCAACUUCUCUGGGUCUCCAUUUCUCUAUCUCUAAAAGAAGAACAUUGUAUUAAUGACCUCUAUGGUUCAUUCUACCUUGAAAUCUCUUAUUAUGAUUUCAUAUGUCAAGAGAUACAUAUGUACUCUAUUGUUCAGAUUCAAGUAUUGUAAUAGAAGAGGUUAUAGUCAAUAGUCAAUAAAUAUUUAUUAAGUGCUGUAAAGGUGAAAAUUAAUGGUUGGACAAUAAUUUUAUGAAAUUAUGUGGUCACCAAUAUUUAUUAUAUCUCAAAUCAGAAAUGUAUUUACAAAACAGAGAGGAAACAAUAAACUAGAGAAGUGUGAAGGGGAUAGAAAAGUUAUCUAUUCUAUCUUAAUCCAGGAAGAGAUUAUUUCUCAACCAGGAAAGCUGGUAGUGAUUAGUCACAAAGCCUCCUCCAAGAUGGAAGCUAGUCUCUCCAGAAACUAGGAAAAGAGUCAGCUUUUCACUCACCCCAUGAAGUAAGUAGUCCAGGAGUCAGGGUCCAAGUUGAAGCUGAGCUCCAAGCCCAUGCUCCCUCAAAGACUCUCCAGUCAGGAGACUAUCUCCACAAGACUGACACAAGCCACAGGAUUCAUGAGUUUUUAUGGUGACUUCUUGUCCCUGCCCCUCUUCACAGGGACCAAUCACGGUUUCCAAAUUGUCCAGCACUGACCAGGGGGAAGUGUUUAUGGGAACCAAUUCUCAACUUCUGGAGGGGUGAAUACUCAUCAAAAGAGUCUAUAGAUUCCUGGCUGAUUGAGUUUCUGAGGGUGUAAACUCAGAUCAUAGGAUUCACAAGUUUGGGACUGAGUUAAAAGGGUGGAGUCUCUAACGAAGUCACUUGUGAAUUCUCUAAGUACCUUGCUAGCUUCUCCUCUAGUACUAAGUAGGGUAUUCAAUCUUUUGUUGAUUCAAUUCAAAAGUAGGCAAAAGAAAGUUAAUCUUGUCUUCACAAUCUAAAUAGGGGUACAGUGCCUACUGUGUGCUAGGCACUAAGCUAAAUAUGGAGGAUUCAAAUAAGAAAAAGAAAUUCCAUGCUAAUAAGGAGCUUAUAAUCUAAUAGCCUGAACAUGUAAUUUUCACAAUUAUAGGGAUCUCCUGGAUAAGGAAACUCUUUCUGCCAAUGCAGAUUUUACAUUCUCUGCAACUUAUAGUUUUAGGGAGUUGACUAGAGUACUAAGAAUUUGUGACUUGUUCAGAGGGCAUAAAGUUAGUAAUUAUUAAAAUGAACCCAGUGAUGCCUGUUUCUGAAGCAGAUCUCUAUUUACCAUAUUAUAGCAUUUCUUAUAUUGUUAGGUUAUAUAUUAUUAGACAAGCAUCAGGAUUUUUAAAGUGCUUUCCAAAAACGAUUAACUUAAAGAAAUGGAAUCUAUAGUUUACAAGAUUUUGGACCAUUCUGUUAGUUGUUUCAGAAAUGUGAUAGGUCAAAUAAGAUCGAUUGCUUCUACCUCUUGGUGAGAUGAAAUGUGUCUAAUGAAGCUAGAUUUAAUUUUAAAUGAUAGAUGAUUACUUCUUAGCUUUUAAAAAAGAUAAGAAAAAAUAACUUUCAGGGCACUCCUGAUAACCAAAAUCUAAAUGGAAAUGAGAUAUUAGAUGAAACAUGCAAGAAGAUAUAAAUUCUAUGUAAAAGAGUAAUAAUUACAGUGUUCAAUAGAACCAGAAAUUAUUGCCCUUCACCACUUUUACUAAUGGCUUUACUCAUAAUGUCUAUGACAACCUCCUUGAUAGGCCAGGAGAGGCUUUGCUUUUUCUCAUUGCUGGUUUGAAUGUAUUUAUGUCUAUUUCAAACCAUUCUCUAUAAAUGCUUUAUGUUGUUUUUUGUAUGUAUGUAUGUAUAUGCAAAUCAUCAUCCUGUCUGUUGAUAUCCCUCCUCAUUCAAUAGACUCCAAAGGUUUUCUAUUAAACUCUAUGAUAAAAUAUAAACUUUUUUCGACAUUUAAAGCUCUUUACAACCUGAUCUACAUUAAGAUGUCCUGCAUUAAUACUUUGCUGAGGGAGUUGUGAAUUGAUGCAACCAUUCUGGAAGGCAAUUUGGAACUAUGUCCAAAGGUUGCUAAAAGACUGUCUGUCCUUUGAUCCAGCCAUAGUAUUGCUAGGUUUGUACCUCAAAAAGAUUAAAAGGGAAAAAAAGCCUUGUACGAGAAUAUUCAUAGCUGUUCUCUUUGGGGUGGCAAAAAUUGGAAAAUGAGGGGAUGCCCUUCAAUUGGGGAAUGGCUGAACAAAUUGUGGUAUACAUUGGUGAUGGAAUACUAUUGUGCUCAAAGGAAUAAUAAACUGAAGGAAUUCCAAGUGAACUGGAAUAACCUCCAGGAAUUGAUGCAGAGUGAGAGGAGCAGAACCAGGAGAACAUUGUACACAGAGACUGAUACAGUGUGGUAUAAUUGAAUGUAAUGGAUUCCUUUACUAGUAGCAAUGCAAUGAUCCACAACGAUUUGGAGGGACUUAUGAGAAAGAACACUGUUCACUUUCAGAAGAAUAACUGUGGAAAUAGAAAUGCAGAAGAAAAACAACUGCUUGAUCACAUGGGGUCAAUGGGGAUACAAUUGGGGAUAUAAACCCUAAAUGAUCACCAUAGUGCAAAUAUCAAUAAUAUGGAAAUAGGUAUUGAUGAAUGAUACAUGUAAAACCCAGUGGAACUGCACAUCAGCUAUGGGAGAGGGUUGGGGGAAUGGAGGGAAUGAAUAUGAAUCUUGUAACCAUAGAAAAAUAUUCUAAAUUAACUAAUUAAAUAAAAUUUCCAAAAAAAUUUGUCCUGAUUUUCCCAAUCACUCCCAACUGUUAGAAUCUCGCUAAUAACUGUAUUUUUAUAUAUUUGCAUUAUUAUCAUGUAAACAUGAGCAAAAUUCAAAUGUAAAUCUAUUAUUCAGAUAGGUAAUACUUAUUGUCAUUAUAUGCUAUGUUGGGAAUAAGUCAGUUGUCUAUCAAGUUUUCCCUGUAGUUAAUUAUAUGCAGCAUACUAUGUCACAGCAAUAUGGAAAUACAAAGAAAAUGUGUAGUAAAUAUGGUUUUUGGAUUACAGUAGAUACUUACUUAUCUGACAAAGACUUGGGAGAGUGGUGGACAACCUUGUUUCCUCUGGUUAUGAUUUCAGGAAAACUGAUGAAAGGAAAAAAAUGGAGUGGGGGAUAAAUGUGAUUGCUCAUUUCACUCAGAAAUUGUAGAUAAAAUCACUUGUGGAAAGAGAGUGCAAUUUAGAGAGUCCCUCUUUAUUUGCUUUCAUAAUAUCCAUAUGUACACACCAUAUCUGCUAUUAAAUUAUAAAGUCCUUGAAGGUUGUAGUAACUAUUGCAUCUUCAACUUUGUGGCAAGUUGAAACUGAUUUCCUUUUAAGUUCAUGAGUCUGAGACAAGGAUGGGUAGACAGUGACUUUUUUAUGCUUUCUCAUUUUAAUUUAUGUAUAGAAAAGGUAAAAAAUACUCAUGCUUUACCCAUUAUUUUUUCACAAACUAUGGUCAGAAUUCUUCCCCUAAUUACUUGAAGAUCUGGGCAGGAUUCAGUUAGAGAC